GGAAAAUGGACUUCUAGGUCCAGAUCAGUCCCCAUCUGCCCAAAUGCCCCAUUCCAUGCCCAGCUCUUCAUAGUUCAUUGCAUAUGUUUUGGUUUUCCAGUGGUUUAUGGUUCCUGGUUCGACCAUGUGAAAGGCUGGCUGGAGCUGAAGGACAGACCCAAUAUCGUCUUCAUCACCUAUGAAGAGCUGUAUCAGGACCUGCGAGGCAGUGUGGAGAAGAUCUGCCACUUCCUUGGUAAGGAACUGGCCAGUCACCAGCUGGAUGAAGUGGCUAAAUAUGCCUCCUUCCAAAUCAUGAAGGACAACAAGAUGUCCAACUUCUCCCUAUUACCAAAUAUGGAUCACAGUAAAGGAAAAUUCAUGAGGAAAGGGAUCUGUGGAGACUGGAAGAACCACCUCACCGUGGCACAGAGCGAACACUUUGACCACGUUUAUCAGGAGAAAAUGCAGGGUGUGGGUGUGACUUUCCCGUGGGAUUGAAGAAUGACAGAUUACGCCCUCUGCUGUUACUGAUAUGGAGGAUAUUUUAUGCAUGAAUCUUUUGUGGAACGCAUGUCCAUCUCCAAGGUUACCAAUCAAGAGUAUGUGGAGAAUGGAAUCAUGUAGUCUUCACAUUCUACAUCGCCUACACUUUGGGGUCUUUGUAUUAAAGAUAAGAAGAUGUACCAAGGAAUUCUUUCCUCUUAUGAUGUGCAGAAAUCACGGGGACAAUAUCAUGGUGUAAUUAGCAGAAGGCGACAGUCAAUAAAGGAU